AGGGCAGCAAGGAGCUCCUUAACAUCCCCAGCUGGCCCACAACUCCCAUUUUCAACUCCGUCCUCCCGAAGAAUGGAAAAACCCGUGGAAGAGAAAAAAAAUCCCAACGAGAUGGUUGGCAAGCUGCCUGAUGAGGUCUACCGGAUCCCGAAAAAGAGUCAAGUCGAAAAGGAGAGCAGCGAUCAUGGGAGAGAGGCGGUGGGCCGAGACACUCCAGCCACCCCCAAAAACCAGAGCAGGGAACGGGAUCCCGAAAGGCAGAGCAAAGAGAAGAAGAAACGGAGGGAGUCCUUGUCCCCCCCGUCGGCCUAUGAACGAGGCACCAAGCGACCGGAUGACCGCUACGACACGCUGGCCACGAGUUCGAAGAAGAAGGUACGGCUGAAGGACCGCAGCAAGCUGUCCACCGAAGAACGGAGGAAACUCUUCGAGCAGGAGGUCGCCCAGCGCGAGGCACAGAAGCAGCAGCAGCAGCUGCAGAGCCUGGGCAUGGCAUCCCCCCUGCCGUACGACUCCCUGGGUUACGGGGCCUCCCACCCCCCGUUUAUGGGGUACCCCCCAGGCUACCCAAUGCAGGCCUACGUAGAUCCCAGCAACCCCAAUGCCGGCAAGGUGCUCCUUCCCACCCCCAGCAUGGAGUCUAUGUGCUCGCCAGCCUCGUACGAGCCCUCGCAGACUCUGGUGGGCCACACCAUGGAGCCCAGCCUGGCCACUUCACAGCCUGUGCCUGUGGUCCAGCACGUAGGAACGCCCCUGGAGGUGUCCACGCCCCAGUAUGUGGCCCCGAGUGACCCUAUGGUUCACCAGGAGCCCGGCGUGGCUGUCUUGCCCGUGGCGGCGCCUGGUCCAGUCCAGGGACAAAGCUACGGCGUCUGGGACUCCAGCCAGACGACCGUGGCGGUGCAGCCCCCCUACUCUCCAGCCCAGUCUCAGCCCACCAUCUAUUACCAAGGACAGGCCUGCCCGACCGUCUACGGAGUCACCUCGCCUUAUUCUCAGACCACGCCGCCGAUCGUGCAGAGUUACGCCCAGCCAAGUCUUCAGUACAUCCAAGGACAACAGAUUUACACCACCCAUCCUCCGAGCGUGGUGGUGCAACCCACAGCCACUGUUGCCACUAUUGUCACAACUGGGCAGCCCCCACCGAUCCAACAGCCAGAAUUGGUGGUGGCCAACAAUCUCCUGGACCUGCCUCCUCCAUCUCCCCUAAGCCCAAAACCAUCGUCUGCCCCGAACUGGAAAACAGCCCGCGAUCCGGAGGGCAAGAUUUACUACUACCAUGUGGUCACCAGGCAAACCCAAUGGGACCCCCCCAACUGGGACAGCCCAGAAGAUGAUGCCAGCCUGGAGCACGAAGCCGAAAUGGAUCUUGGCACACCGACGUACGAUGAAAACCCCAUGAAAUCUUCCAAAAAGCCCAAAACUGCUGAAGCAGACACUUCCAGCGAACUGGCUAAGAAGAGCAAAGAAGUCUUCCGUAAAGAGAUGUCCCAGUUUAUCGUGCAAUGCCUGAACCCCUAUCGCAAACCCGAUUGCAAAGUGGGGCGCAUCACCACAACGGAGGACUUCAAGCAUCUGGCACGAAAGCUCACCCACGGUGUGAUGAACAAGGAGCUGAAAUACUGCAAGACGCCCGAAGACCUCGAAUGCAACGAGAACGUCAAACACAAAACGAAGGAAUACAUCAAGAAAUACAUGCAGAAAUUCGGCACCGUGUACAAACCCAAAGAAGACACCGACAUGGAGUAGGAGGGUUUACAUAUAUAUAUAUAUUAAAGUUUUUAGGGUCUGGGCAGAGUUCAAACCGUUGUGGGCCCGAAUAUACAAAACACAGAUUUUUGGCCCCAGAAACCUUCUCCUUUUCCCAGCUGAAUUUGGAGGCCGGUGUGGCAGAAACGGGGGAGCGCAAAAUGUGCUUGCACAACCCCUCUUGCUCACAAGCCACCUCACUUUGCAAGCAGACCCCAAAACUGACCACCCGGUGGUGCUUCCCAUGUGUGACACAACGUGUUGAGUCCGUUCCCCUCUCCCCACCGAGAUCUGUAUAAUAUUCUUAUGUGAAUAUAUUGAAUUAUUUUUCCCCUCUUUCGUUUGGCCCGGCCUCUAUUUUUUUUUUUUGCAGCCCAACACCUGUUGAUAUCAUGGGAACACUUUGUAAGAAUAGUUUUGGAAAAAAACAAAAAAGGAAAAAAAAAAGAGGAGGGGUUGCUUCUUCUUUUUUUCCCCCCCUCCCUUCCAUUUUUUGGGUUUUUUUCCCCCCCAGUUUUUUGUUUUUUUCCCCAUUGUUCUUUGCAAAGGUUUCAUCUGUUAUCAUGUAAAUAUUUGCAAAGAGGCCAGCUCGUUGUUUGGGGCAGGCCUUGGCUGUCUGUUGAUAAGAUUGAUUUUUCUGCUUUGAAAUCAUUUUAAUUUCUCCAAUUUUUACGGAAGUUUCUAUGUAAAACGAAAAAAAAAAAUUAAAAAAUUAAAGAAAAUGGUAAUGAA